AGUUGGAAAACAGAAAAGUUCUGAACAGAUAAGUGAUCGGUAUGUUGAUGUUUGAACAAGUUGAUGCAUGGUGAAGACGAAGCAUAAUAGCUGGACUGGGUAGUUAGUAUGGUAGCUCAUGAAGACUUUCAAUACAAUGCACACCAACUAUACCUAUGUUGUGAGGCACUUGCGUAUGUGUAAUUCACGUUAUCUUUCUACGAAUAGUUUUUGGAGUAAAAGACGAAGCAGAAGCAGCAAGUCUUCAUCAAUCACCACCAACUCCGUCAAAGUCAAAGACCCUGACAUUUUGACAUGGAACAAGGCCAUAUCUUCCCACAUGCGCAAUGGUCGCUGCGACUCUGCUCUCCGAGUCUUCAACUCCAUGCCUUGCCGCAGCUCUGUCUCCUACAACGCCAUGAUAUCUGGGUACUUGAGGAACGCAAAGUUCUCCCUCGCAAGAGAACUGUUUGAUAAAAUGCCUGAGAGGGACUUGUUUUCCUGGAAUGUUAUGCUCACUGGAUAUGUCAGGAACCGCAGGCUCGGAGAAGCUCGCAAGUUGUUUGACCUUAUGCCUGAAAAGGAUGUUUGUUCCUGGAAUGCCAUGUUGUCUGGGUAUGCCCAGAAUGGGUUUGUUGAUGAGGCAAGGGAGGUUUUUAAUAGGAUGCCUCAUAGGAAUUCAAUCUCCUGGAAUGGGCUGCUUGCCGCUUAUGUUCACAACGGGAGACUUGAGGAGGCACGGAAAUUGUUUGAGUCCCAAUCGAACUGGGAAUUGAUUUCUUGGAAUUGUUUGAUGGGUGGGUAUGUGAAGAGAAACUUGUUGGGUGAUGCUAGGCUGAUUUUUGACCGAAUGCCUGUUAGGGAUGCCAUCUCCUGGAAUACUAUGAUUUCUGGUUAUGCCCAGGUUGGAGAUUUGUCUCAGGCUAAGAGGUUGUUCCAUGCAUCUCCGGUGCGGGACGUGUUCACGUGGACGGCAAUGGUUUCUGGAUAUGUGCAGAACGGAAUGUUGGAUGAAGCAAGAAAGUAUUUUGAUGAGAUGCCUGUAAAAAAUGAAAUUUCAUACAAUGCUAUGCUUGCGGGAUAUGUGCAAGACAAGAAAAUGGACAUUGCAAGGCAGUUGUUUGAGGCAAUGCCUUGUCGCAAUAUAAGUUCAUGGAAUACCAUGAUUACUGGCUAUUGUCAGAAUGGUGGUAUAACUCAAGCUAAAAAGUUGUUUGACGUGAUGCCUCAGCGUGAUUGUGUAUCUUGGGCUGCUAUCAUUACUGGCUAUGCUCAGAAUGAACACUUUGAGGAGGCUCUUAACAUGUUUGUGGAGAUGAAACGAGAUGGGGAAAAUUCCAAUAGGUCUACCUUUAGUUGUGCUUUGAGCACAUGUGCUGAUAUUGCUGCCUUGGAGUUAGGGAAACAAGUUCACGGGCAGGUGGUGAAGGCAGGAUUUGAGACUGGGUGUUUUGUGGGAAAUGCGCUUCUUGGGAUGUAUUUUAAAUGUGGCAGCACAGAUGAAGCUAAUAAUGUGUUUGAAGGAAUAGAGGAGAAAGAUGUCGUCUCUUGGAACACAAUGAUAGCCGGUUAUGCUAGGCAUGGAUUUGGUGGACAGGCUUUAAUAUUAUUCGAAUCAAUGAAGAAAACAGGUGUUAAACCUGAUGAGAUUACAAUGGUGGGUGUUUUAUCUGCAUGUAGUCAUUCUGGCUUGAUAGACAGGGGAACUGAAUACUUUUAUACAAUGAAUAGGGAUUACAGUGUAACACCAAGUUCAAAACAUUAUACUUGCAUGAUUGAUCUUCUUGGAAGAGCUGGCCGCCUGGAAGAAGCAGAGAACUUAAUGAGAAAAAUGCCUUUUGAGCCCGGUGCUGCAUCAUGGGGAGCUCUAUUAGGGGCAAGCCGGAUUCAUGGUAAUAUUGAACUAGGUGAGAAGGCUGCUGAGAUGGUUUUUAAGAUGGAACCUCACAACUCAGGGAUGUAUGUCCUUCUUUCAAAUCUAUAUGCGGCUUCUGGUAGGUGGGUUGAUGUUGGCAAGAUGAGAUCAAGAAUGAAGGAAGUUGGCGUGCAGAAGGUAACUGGGUAUAGUUGGGUUGAGGUACAAAACAAGAUUCAUACGUUCGCAGUUGGGGAUUGUUUCCACCCAGAAAAGGAUAGAAUAUAUGCCUUCUUAGAAGAGCUAGAUUUGGAAAUGAAGCGCGAGGGGUAUGUUUCUUCAACAAAAUUGGUUUUGCAUGAUGUGGAAGAGGAAGAAAAGGAGCACAUGCUCAGAUAUCAUAGUGAGAAAUUGGCUGUAGCAUUUGGAAUCCUGACUAUUCCUGCUGGCAGACCAAUACGAGUCAUAAAAAACUUACGAGUUUGUCAAGACUGUCACAAUGCCAUCAAGCACAUAUCCAAGAUCGUUGGAAGAUUGAUUAUUUUAAGGGAUUCUAACCGGUUUCACCACUUCAAUGAUGGUAUUUGUUCCUGUGGGGAUUAUUGGUAAAAAUGGACAGAUAUGGUGAAAAUUAACUUAAAGAAUAGACACUCUUUGGACGUAUUUUUGUGAUUGAAGAAGUGCUGAAGCAAUGUGAAGCACAUUUAUGUCUGUCUUGAUCCACUCGAAUGCAUAAAACUGACAACAAGGGUGAUCAGAUAAUCUGAAUUACAAGGGCCUUACUCAGAAUCACAAAGUAUGAUCAUCUGAUGGAAGUUGGAAUGUGGAAGUUAGAAUUAUAUCCCAGAAAAGUUAAUCAAAUUGCAUGACAUGCAAAGAAUAAAUGCAAAGAAAAGUUAAUCAAAUAAUUCUGAAUGCAGUUCACAGAAUUAUUUGGCAACGUGGGGAUGAACUGGUACCCGAUAAAUCUCAACCCCCAACUAGCAUGAUAUCAGCUACCAACUGACAUUAUUGACGUACGCUGAAUGCUGUUCACAGUAUUUUCUUGACCUUAUUGACGUCACCUCAUGGCUGCUAAGGAGUUAAGAGGUGGGACAUGAAGGAAGAGUGAUAAUAAGUUAACUUUCAAUCUAUCCUCAAAACACUACUCAAUUCUUAUUUGUAUUUAUUUGUACAAUACAAUUUUUAAGUAUACAAUUAAUUUUUGUUAUACUCUUUUGGACUUGCUUUUC